ACUCAUUACUUCUCCUCGCAGAACUUAUACAAAAUGAAGGGAUUGAUUUUAGUAGGUGGUUACGGUACACGUUUGAGACCUUUGACCUUGACCUUGCCAAAGCCAUUGGUGGAAUUCGGUAACAGACCCAUGAUUUUGCACCAAAUCGAAGCCUUGGCCAAUGCUGGUGUCACCGACAUUGUCCUUGCUGUCAACUACAGACCAGAAGUUAUGGUCUCCACAUUGAAGCAAUACGAAGAAGAAUAUGGUGUCAACAUUACCUUCUCCGUUGAAGAAGAGCCUUUGGGCACUGCUGGUCCUUUGAAGUUGGCUGAAGAAGUCUUGAAGAAGGACGACUCUCCUUUCUUCGUGUUGAACUCUGAUGUCAUCUGUGACUACCCAUUCGAAGAAUUGGCUGCUUUCCACAAGGCCCACGGUGGUGAAGGUACCAUUGUUGCUACCAAGGUUGACGAACCAUCGAAGUAUGGUGUCAUUGUGCAUGAUAGAGACACCCCUAACUUGAUUGACAGAUUCGUCGAAAAGCCAGUUGAAUUCGUCGGUAACAGAAUCAACGCUGGUUUGUACAUCUUGAACCCAUCCGUCAUUGACUUGAUCGAAAUGAAGCCUACUUCCAUCGAAAAGGAAACUUUCCCACUUUUGGUUGAAAAGAACCAAUUAUACUCCUUCGACUUGGAAGGCUACUGGAUGGAUGUCGGUCAACCAAAGGAUUUCCUUUCUGGUACCUGUUUGUACUUGACAUCUUUGUCCAAGAAGUCUCCAGAAAAGUUAUCUUCUGAAAAGUUUGUCCACGGUGGUAAUGUCUUGAUCGACCCAACUGCCAAAAUUCACCCAUCUGCUUUGAUUGGUCCUAAUGUUGUCAUUGGUCCUAAUGUAAUUGUCGGUGAAGGUGCCAGAAUCCAGAGAUCUGUCUUGUUGGCCAACUCGCAAGUCAAGGACCACGCCUGGGUUAAGUCCACCAUUGUUGGAUGGAACUCCAGAAUCGGUAAGUGGGCUAGAACCGAAGGUGUUACCGUUUUGGGUGACGACGUUGAAGUCAAGAACGAGAUCUAUGUCAACGGUGCCAAGGUCUUACCUCACAAGUCUAUUUCUUCCAAUGUUGAACAUGAAGCUAUUAUUAUGUGAGCAGCUACUUUUGUGACUACUUUGAACUUGUAUUUUAACUACACUAUAUAAACCCAAUCCAUGGUUAUGGAAAACUUACUUCUUUACUUUUUAGGUCAUAAUCGUUCAUGGAACUACAUUAUUAAAUACCGUUGGAAGUGUUGAUUCGCUCCCAACAAAAUACACAUUUGGAGAUUUUAUAAUUCACAUUC